AUGUCGGGGUUCUCGGGCGUCGUGAAGCUUGCUGAUCUCGAUGAUUUCAUCAGCCCUAGCACGGAAUGCGUAAUACCACUCGCUGGAGCGCUCGAGAAGAGCAAACAUGAGGAAGCAACUGGAGAAGUGCGGCCACAGCUAAUACGCUCUAAAAAGGCGGAAGAGAAGACUACGGGGCAAACAGCUACAAUCGCUCAAGUUUCCUUAUCGGACUGCCUCGCAUGUCCGCUGAGCAAAUACAAGGUCUUUAUGUGA